CAAACAUCCGGUUUUCACAAAGUGGGACCAAAAUGCGAAAGCGUCUUCUCACCUUCUGACGCAUGUUUAGCUAAAAUGUAACUUCGCUUUCUCACGUUUGUUCUAUACUGUUGAAAUGUGACGGUACGUGACGUUCUUGAAGGGCCUGACAGCCCCUGAAACCGGGGUUUGCUCUCCCGGACAGUGAAGCCGUUUGUCUUCUCGACAGAUGGAGGGUGGCAGCCUCGUUUCAUGCAAAGAGGACAUUUCUUUGCUGCUCCCAGAGGAUGUCCCGAGUGCCAAACGCAAAGAUUUACUCAGCCAGUUUUGCGCAGUGAGAAAAGUAAGCGGCGACGGGAACUGCCUCUACAGAGCUUUCUGUUUCGCCCACCUGGAGUCAGUCCUUCACAAUUCCAGGGCCUUACAGAGAUUCAGGGACAAGAUCAUCCAAAGCGGCAAAAUUUUGGCUUCUGCAGGAUUCGAUGAGCGCACCUUCAACCAUCACCUAAAAACUGUUGUAAAUGUUGUGGAGCAGUGCCAGGCUGGUGAGAAGGAAAACACGCUGUUCAUGCUCUUCAAUGAGCAGGUAGUCUCUGACAGUGUGGUACAGUAUCUCAGGCUGCUCACUUCAGCACACCUACAAAUCCACACAGACUUCUUUUGCAACUUUGUGGAGGCACCUGAUCUAGAAGUCUACUGUCAUCAGGAAGUGGAGGUUAUGGCAAUGGAGUGCGAUCAUGUGGACAUCCUGGCCCUGACACAGGCUUUGGACAUCGGCAUCCACAUCGUUUCUAUGGAGACUGAUGAACAGCAGCUUGCUCACUACAUCAUUCCAGAGGGUGCUGAACCAUCACUGCAUCUCCUCUACCAAAUGUCACACUAUAAUAUUCUCUACCAACAACCUCAACUCUGACCAGGAGUCUACUGGAACUCAGCUCUACUCGGGGAUUGAAACUUUUUAGCAGAAUAAAUACAACAUGGGUUUUAAAGACACUUGGGAAAGAAGACCUUUAUAAAAUCUUGCAUUUUAUAGGGAUUCAACAGCAUCCAAAAUGCAAUAUAAUUUGCAUUAAGUAUUUGAAUUGAUUAAAAUUGUUUUUACAUAAAUUUAGCAAAUAGAAAAAUCCGGCUACAGAGCCUGCAUCACUUUGCAUUUCCAUAAAGGUGUCACUUCUGCUUUUCUGUCUUCUGCUUCUUUCGCUGUGGUGGAACAUUUUUCUUUAACUUCUGUUUGUUCUUUUGCACCAAAACUCUGGUCAGGGCACUUUCCACUCCUGCACGAGGGAUCAUGGGAAGGGGGAGCUUUCCCAGUUGAGUGGGGUACUUGGUCUUUAUCACAUUCUUGAAUAUAGGUUGGGAAACCAAAUGCUUCAAAUGCUUCUUCAUCCCCUUUACCAUCUUCUGCUGCCCUCUGUCAGCCUCCUCGUCUUUUGCACCACCUGUCGACAGACAUUUUUAUCUACUCAGUCUGUUUUAAUUUCACUCAUUUAAUUUGUAUGACAACAGCUAUGGUGACAUUGGUCUUACCAAGUAGAAGAUCAUCAUCCAAGUCCACCUCCAGGGCUUCUGCUGCUUUUCUGAACCAGGAGUCAUGCUGCUUUUCUCUGCUGUUGUAGAACUCGAUCUUUUCUAUCUUUCUGGCCAGGUUUACUCGCUCCUGUUGAGUCACACAUUCAACAGUACACUAUUAAAGGUGCUGCAGAUAACAAAAUCAAAUGUGACAAAAUAAAUAAAUAAAAACAGUGUUUAUUUCUGCCACCAUUUUAA